AUGCCCCAUGCCGUGCUGGAGCUGCUGUCCAACCCGGUGAUUGCCGAGGGGCGCAAGAAGGACGUGGUGAAGCGGCUGGCCUCCGAGGCCUCCUUCUCCCAGUAUACCGUCAACUUCCUCAACCUCCUCAUCGACCAGAACCGCAUCGAGGCGCUGGAGAACAUCUGCGAGUCGUUCGAGAAGAGCUACUGCGCGCUGACCGACACGCAGGCGCGUGCGGCGCUGUGUGUGGCCACGCUGCGCAGCGCGGUCAAGCUGGAGCAGGAGCAGCAGUUCCUGAUUGCCAAGAAGCUGCAGGAGCUGACGGGCAGCAAGAACAUCAAGCUGAAGCCGGUGGUGGACGCAGACCUGGUGGCCGGCUUUGUGGUGGAGUACGGCUCCACCCAGAUCGACCUGUCGGUCAAGGGCCAGCUUGACAAGAUUACAGGCGAGCUGCUGACCACGGCGCAGGCCAUGUAG